AUGAGAGAGAAGAAGCAAAUGUCUAGAAUAUACCGGAAGAAUAAUAGUGCUAGUAACAAAAACAAAUCUCUCUCUUCUGGAACAAGCGAGCACUCUAUAUCUACUUCAUAUUCCAAGCAGCCAUCGAUACAGAUACAGGAUAUACAAGACGUUAUCGAUCUUCAAGAACAGAAAUUUAGACGAUAUAAAGAUGAAUAUUCCCAACAAAAUAACGAAUUAGCUAAAUCUAACUCGGCGCUUAAGUUAAAAAUAAAUAGUAUGGAGAAAACCAUAAACGAAUUGAUCCAAGAGAAUGUGCUAUUAAGAUCGAAUACCUCGCUUAAAGAGAUGGCAUCAAAAAAAUAUUUUAAUGAUCAACUAACUUUAUUAGAGACUGGGGUAAUUCAAAGAUUCGAAGAAAUUCAGCAUAUUAUUAAUUCUUUUAAAAAGCAAUGCACUGAUAGUCAAUUAAAAAUGGUCCACAAUAAUAAGCGUCCAAGAAGUCAGUCUACUUCUUCCUCCAGAGGUAGUAUUCACUUUAACGAAUCAGUUCAAAUACGGCCAAUUGAGCCACGAACUUUACAAAAUGACUUACUAUUAGGCGAUAGGGAUAAUUCUAAUAUAUCUACACCAAUAGCUUCAGAGGAGGAAGACGCGACACAAAUUAGGAAAAGAAAGAGGAGGAAAAGUAGUAGAAGAGAUUCUAUAUUUAUCCCCCAACCUCCAUCGAAUGAGAAUACUGAAUCUGAGCCAAACGGCAUCGAAGAUGAGCUUAUCUCCACACCAAUUAGCAAUACUGAGACUAAUUUAAAAACAAGUAUACCAAUAGUAGAAAGUAUGCCUCCUACUGAUGAUCAUGAUAUAAUUGAUAAUCAAGCAAGUGAGCAGGUGUACUCAGCAGAGUCUUUAAACUUUGACAAUAAUAUAAAUAAUGAUAAUUUUACAUUUUCCAACUCUUUAAUAGAAACUUCUAUUCCAGAAGAAAUAGACCAUCUAAAUAGCAUUGCUACUAGUACUGAAUUAAGUCCUAUAACUAAUAUUCCAAAUUCAAGUAAAAACUCUACCGGAUUUAAACCAAAACUUCCCGUAUUUAAUGAUAAGGAUCCUAUUGAAGAACCAAAUAAUAAUAAGGAAUUCCAGCUGGAAACACUAUCUUCUCCUCCUACUUCUCUAAUUCCUAAUAAGAUUAAACACUCAAUGAAACAAAACACUUUGAGAAGAGGUAAAAACUCAAAGAGAAUGGUAGAUGAAGUUAUGCCAACAUCUGAUGCUUCUAUCGAGACUGAUAUCAGCACUUUUAAUACCAGAUCAAGAAGAACUAGGAGUAAGCCUGUUAAUUACAAAUUACCUUCAUUAAGAUCUAAAAUGAGAAGGCCAUCAAUUCAGUUUGUUGAUGCCACUUCAAGCGUUGACAUUCAUGAGCUAGAAGUAUCAAAAAGGAGAGAAACAAAAAAUGAAUCUAAGGGCGUUUCUUCAAUUAGAAAGGAAAAAAGAAAAUCGAUACGAAAGAAAAAAGUAGACGAACCUAUUAAAAUGAUAGAAAGUAACGAAGAAACAACAAAACGUGAGGAGCCUUCCGGAUCUCAAUCAGGUACUGUAAUACCUUCUGAAUCAGAUAACUCUCAAAAGUCACACAUACCCAACUUGGUACAAAGCAUGGUAUAUGUCGAAAAUAUUACUUGUAAUUCGUCCUCGUCUGCUUAUAAUUCAAGUUCCAUUAUCGAUGAUACUAUGACUGCCAGAGAGCAAAUUCCCUCUUUAAAAGUUCACAUUAAAACCAGCAUUCUUGAUUCCCAAAAUAAUUUAGACUUAAAAAUGGCAGAAACUGAAACUCCGAAGAAAAAUGUAUUAACACCAAAACUUGCACUGCUUAAAAAUACGGCAGUUUUAAAAGAUAUUACCAAUAUUAAGUCAAGCAGACCAUCGAGUAGUAGUAGCAAUAUUGGUAACGGUAAAAGAAAACUGAAUAAAAGACCCAUUGAUGGAGAUAUAAUGGGGGAUGGAUCUGAUGAUGUAUUUAAUAAAAAUAAGGAUUAUUUACAAUGUCUUGAUAUGUUAGGAACGCCUAUUAGUAAGCCAAAAACUUAUAGAACACAAAAGAAAAAAAGUACUGAAAAAUAA